AUGGACAGGAAACUGAAUCUGGAUCGAGCAGAGACAUUCUCUUUCAUCAACCCCUGGAUCAGAUAUUUUCUUUUCUUUUUCAGCUUCUUAUUCUGGGUUUUUUCCUUGUUGAUUGUUGCGAUAGGAGUGUAUGCUAAGGUCCAGAAAGCAACAGACACGGUGCGGGACACGUUCCUGAUCGACCCGGCUGUCAUCCUAAUUGUGGUGGGGGUGGUCAUGUUCUUCAUCACUUUCUGUGGUUGCAUCGGAGCUCUGCGAGAGAACAUUCGCCUCCUCAAGACAUUCUCCUUUAGUCUGACGUUGGUCUUCCUCACCCAGUUGGCCAUAGCAGUGCUGGGCUUCUUCUACUCAGAUCAGACACGCGAUGCUUUGGGGAAAUUUGUGAAGAAAGCCAUCGUGCAUUACAGGGACGACUUGGACCUGCAGAACCUCAUGGAUUACAUUCAGAAAGAGUUCAAGUGUUGUGGUUGGAACAACUACACAGACUGGUCGUGGAACCUGUACUUUAAUUGUACAUGGGGGAACCCCAGCACAGAGCGAUGCGCUGUACCCUACUCCUGCUGCACCCCUGUGCCUGGGGAGCUGGUGAUCAACACCAUGUGCGGUUUCGGGGUCCAAACCCAGAACUUCGUGGAGGCCACAAAGUCAAUCUAUCCGGUGGGCUGUGCCGACAGAGCUGUCUCAUGGAUUGAGACUCAUCUAUUGCUGGUGGGAGCUCUUGCUCUCGGUCUAGCAUUGCCUCAGAUUGCAGGCAUUGUGCUGUCCCAGAUCCUGAUCUCUCAGAUCCAAGAUGAGAUUAGUUCACUGUUGUGA